CGCCCGCACUUCCACCACACCAGGCGCCGCCACCCUCCACCACCUCCAGAAGGACCACCGAGUAGCAAACGUUGCCGGAGUCGCAGCGGGACGACAUUGAACUGCUGCGGUCGGCGCAGAACGGGACAGACAUGACGCGCGGAAGGUCCGGGUACCCCGUCACCAAGCUCAUGACCCCCGAGGUGGGCAAGUGGGUGACGGUGAACGUGAACGGCAACUCGCACCACGUGGCGCGCAUCCUCAUCAGCCCCUACACGGUGCGCCAGUUCGAGAACCUGCUGUCGCACCUCACGGAGAAGCUCAAGCCGCCCUUCGGCGCCGUGUGGCGCCUCUUCACGGAGGCCGGCGUCGAGGUCAAGGACCUGGACGAGAUCGAGAGCGGCGAGAACUACAUCGCGUCCGGCCGUUCCAGGCCCAUGUUCCCCAUCAGGAUGGGAGUGAAAGCCGGCCGGAGACGGGACGGCCGGGACGGGCGAGAGCGGGAGCUUCGAAGCCACAGUGCCGUGGGGUCGCUGGGCGGCGGGGGCGGCGGCACCAGAGGCGGGGGCGGCGCGGGGGCGGGCGGGGCCAGGGCCAAGGGGGCCAUGCUGGACGCGGCCAGCGAUACCAACGUCAAGCAGCACGCCAAGUACGGCCCCGCCAGCGCCGCCGCCAGCCAGCCCCCCAGGCGGGCCCCCGCGCCGCGCAGGAGCAAGGCCAGGACCAAGGUCGGGGAGCACAGCGAGCCUGCGAGCCAGGUGUGGGACCACUCCCUUCACAACCAGCAGCGGAGUCACUACCAGCAGCCCAUCUCAUCCGCGAAGCGCAGACACUGCCCUAAUAAGGCUCGCCAUGACAAGGAAUUUGCAAGCGAUGAAGAGACAGGGGCUGUGGACAGAAUUUCAUGCAGGUCUCCUGAGAGAUUCACCAAUCAAAUCACAUACAAGGUCUGAGUUUGGUCUUAAUACAAAACAAAAUGCAAAUUG